UGAAAUCUGAUCACUGCGCACGUUUACAUGUUUCAUGCAUCCACUUUUGAGGAGAUUGAGAUUGAGUUGGGAUUCUUCCGUCCAACCAGAUUAUAUUUAUAUAUAUAUAGGCCAACAGGAUCGAUUCGUUCUUCUACCCGAAUUCGGGAGUUUCUCUCUCUAUCCACCUCACCCACCACAUUCUUGCAUUCUCAUCGGUAGAAUCCGACUAAAUGUUAUAGGAGACAUUCACAGAUCGCACCUUGCCCUCACUCCGCUGUCCAAUAAUGCCAUAUGUGCGGUGGAUGUCUGGUCGAACCACACCCUCUUUGUCGGCCCCCCUCGCAGUUCUGGAUAGUGGCUCUUUGGUCAAUCUAAUAAUCAGGGCAACAACAUUACUACACCACCACUUGGAGCAUACCAAUAAUAACAAGUCAUGCUAGAAACCCACACACGAGAGCAAAUCGAGAAAUUCAUUCGUCCUAAAAUAACCACAAGAGUCGUAUCAUAAGAAAUAAUACUUGCUGACCACGAAGGAGGAAAGGGAAGCCACAGAAGUAAUUUGAGUGAGCCCGUUAUUAGCUUAUUUUCAGCGGAGCAAAGUGAAGUGAAAGCGUCCAUCCAACAUCCACUGGUCAUGCUGUGAUCCCUCGGCAGCACCCUAUACAUUACAACUUAUCAGUCCCCUUUCCCUCCUUCCUUCCUGCAGAUCCACCCACAGCUCCCUCAUUGGGUCGCACCCAGGAAAAUAAUGACAGGGGUCACCCGAGACCAGGUGGGGUCCGGCGGAGAUGAUGUCGAAACGGUGACGACAACUCCUUCCACUGUCGCAGCUACAUCUUCUAACAUGACCACAACUAGUACUAUCACAAGCAUGACGACGACGACGACGACCACAGUGACGAUAGGACCAACGACGGAAGUCCCGUCCUCCACCACGGCCACCGCCAUGACGUCCAGCAACCUCCUGGAUCAGAAUAACUCUUCUUCCACCGAGGUGGCAGCCAAGUCCUCGGCUCCUCCGCCCAACCGUGACCACACCCCCCACCACAUCGUGUACAGGAAGAUGGAGAGGAUCAUCGAGCGGAUGCAGGAGGAGAACAUUGGCGUCCCCGUCCGCACCGUCAAAAGCUUCCUCACCAAAAUACCCUCCGUCUUCACGGGGACGGACCUCGUCACCUGGAUCCUCAAGAAUAUGGAGGUGGACGACCAGAAUGAAGCACUUCACUUAGCCCACUUGCUGGCUGCACACGGCUACAUCUUCCCCAUUGAGGAUCACAUCCUCUCGGUCAAAAAUGAUUCCACUUUCUACAGAUUUCAGACCCCCUACUUUUGGCCAAGCAACUAUUGGGAGCCGGAAAACUCGGACUACGCCGUUUACCUGUGCAAGAGGACAAUGCAGAACAAGACUCGUCUCGAGCUGGUGGACUAUGAAGCCGAAAAUCUAGCCCGUUUGCAAAAGAUGUUUUCUAGAAAGUGGGAGUUCAUUUUCAUGCAAGCUGAGGCACAGAGCAAGGUGGACAAGAAACGGGACAAACUGGAACGGAAGGUGUUGGACAGUCAAGAAAGAGCAUUUUGGGAUGUUCAUCGACCUUCGCCGGGAUGUGUAAAUACAACAGAGAUGGACAUCAAGAAAAUGUGUCGCAUGAAUCGACCUCGACAUGGGAGCAGUGCAGAGGCGGGCGGAAGUCAGAAGGAAAAGACGCUCACGGUGGAUGAGCUCAAAGCUUUGAUAAAGUCCCUCAAAUACAAGUUGGAUCGCCAUUCCAUCAAAAUCUCCAAAGUGGCCGACCUACACGUGGCCUACUAUGAAAUGUAUUCCGAGUACGACCCCUUCAUCAUCGCCCCUGAGCCUUCCAAUCCAUGGCUAUCCGACUCUCUCGACUUUUGGGACCAAGAAAAAAAUGCGAAGGACAUCCCGGCCCGACGAGUCAGACGCUGGGCUUUUUCAGUGGAGGAACUGCUAAAAGAUCCCGUUGGUCGGGACCACUUUGCAAAAUUCUUGGAAAAGGAAUUUUCUGGGGAGAAUCUCCGAUUUUGGGAAAGUAUUCAAGACUUGAAGCGUCUUCCCAUGAGCGAGUUGCCCAAACGGGCCCAAGAGAUUUGGGCCGAAUUCCUCGCACCCGACUCGACCUGUCUGGUCAACGUGGACUCCAAGUCGUAUGAGCAAACGAGACAAAACAUUCAAGAGAGUCAAGCUGAUCGGUGGAGUUUCGACACUGCACUCGCCCACGUAUACCACCUCAUGAAGAGCGACUCCUACUCCCGCUACAUCCGGUCGGACAUGUACAAAGACUUUUUGAACGGGGCAAAGAAGAAGGUCAACUUCCUCUCCUUGCCAGCCAAGUUCAAGCGCACUUAAAAAGGGAGCUAAAUAGCAGGACUGCAAACUUCGACUCUCUCCCCCCACACAGAAGCCAUUACGUACAUACUACACUGCUCUCUUCGUUAAUCUACAUCUCGGCCUAGGUUGGCAAGCAAGGAGGGGACACGUUCAACAAAAUUUUUAGAAUCAACGGCGGUGAAGGAAUAAUAAUCUAUUUUAGAAACAACCCGAUGCCAUUCCCGAUUAAAUGAUAGAUAACUUACCAACGUCACUCAUGUAACGUACUGUUACUGGACUUAGCUAGGAACGAUGACACGUUAUACAUUACUUAUUAUUAACUACAUUAGUUUAUAUGUAAGUUGUUGCAAAAUAGAUUUCAGUUCUCAAUGUCUUACAUAUUGUUAUUGCAACUUUAAAUGCAAAUGCUUGCUGGUCGAGUAAUGAAAAUAAUAUGUACCGUACUAACAAUGUCGGUAUCAUGUAAACGCGUGGUGCAGACUCUAAUGUCUCACGACGAUUCCACAGUAUUACAUAUGUAUUACUUAGGAUUAGUCGCAUAUUCAAGGUACCCCUGAUUACUUUAGAGACAUAUAUACUUAAAGCGUACGUACAUAUGUACAUGUUUCCAUUUGUAAGAGAUCUGAAUAAAAUAUAGUAUCGGAAAAGGA